AUGGACAGGGCAAGGUGGCAGCGGAUACUGACCCUCCUCCCCAUCUGCCUGGCCCUCGCCUUCUCCCUCACAGCCAUGGGCAGCAGCCACUGGUGCGAAGGGAUCCGACGAACGACGAAACCUCUAUGCCAAGAUCUCCUCGGGGGCUUGAACUGCAUUCACUUCAGCCGGGCCAGCAGCAGCACGGGCAGAAGGCAUGAUAACAGCCAAGCCGUUCAGUACAUCUGGGAAACAGGAGAUGACAAGUUUAUCCAGCGCAGGUUCCACGCAGGGCUUUGGCAGUCCUGUGAGGAAAGCCUCAACAGCACAGGUGAGCGAUGCAGGUGCUUCCUGGGGAUAGUUCCCACUGAGGGACAAGGAGUUUUAUGGCUCUCCAUUGGGGCUGAAGUCUUGGAUAUCUUCCUGAUACUGACAGGUGUCCUCCUCUUGGGCUUCAGUGUGAGCUGUUACAGUUCCGGAUGCAACUGGCUCAACGUGGAUGCCUCAGUGGCUAUCCUCAUGGUGCUUGCAGGACUCCUGGGCAUGGUGGCUCACAUGAUGUAUACAACUAGUUUUCAAAUCACUGUGAACCUAGGACCAGAAGAUUGGCGGCCUCAGACAUGGGACUAUGGCUGGUCCUAUUGCCUUGCCUGGGGAUCUUUCGCUCUCUGUAUGGCGGUGUCAGUGGCAACCAUGAGCAGAUACACCACAACCCAGGCAGAGAUGCCAAGGGCACAGAAAGGCAAUCCAUACCCUCAGCACAACACCCCACAGCCUGAGGCUUCACAGAAGGUUUGGCAAACAGGAGCUGCUCCCCAUCCUGUGGGACAAGUCUUUGCGAAUGUUCCUGGGCACUGGCCCCCAGGUACAGGAAGCAAAGUGUCCGUGUGCUAGCCAGUGCUGCACAUGCAGAUGAGCCAGGCAUUUAUUACUACAACGAACACCACUGGAGUGGAGUUCAGAAGACCAUGGUGUAGGCAAGCUUUCUGCUACCCCUCUCUGGUCUUAGCAUCUCAUGUCUCCCACAAUUCCUGUAUCUUUAGAGGAGAUAAUGUCUACAGAAGAUAUCAACUAUUAACACUCUAGUAUAGAGGAACAUCUGAGGCUUCUCUGGCUCUGGGUUUAAUAAAUAUCCCAAAAGGAGUUGGGUCAUGAAAAUAUUAAGGGAAAAAUGAUGAA